UACCUACCACAAGCCAGAUGGCAAAAAAUCAGAUGUAAAUUGUCUGUGAACACACAAAAUCACACGAAAAAAUCUCGGAAAAAAAACUGUACAAAAUUUCACCGAUUCGUUCUCGACCAGAUUUAAAAAUUACAUUUCGGCCCAACCUAAAAAUAGUAAUACGAAGGAACGGUGUGUCAAGUGUGUGUUUUAGAAUCAAAUCACCAACUAGAUAAGAUCUCAAGGGAUAAUAUGUGCUAUUUCGGCUAGUAGUCAUCCAUUUCCAAGUGAUCGGAAGCAAUCGCAGAGGCGUUUCUGAGUUGUUCGUUCCGCGACAUACUGAGAUCGUAGAUUAGACUUACCAUGGGUAAAAAGGGCAAAGGCAAGGGAAAGGGAAAGGGCAAGAAGUCCGCCGCAGUUAUCGCUCCCAUCGAAGCGCCACCAUGUCCUCCGUGUCCGGAGCUACCAAAGCAGAUGCAACCACUGGACGCUUGUCCGGAGUCUAGCGGACCCCAUGAUGUCCUUCGGGCCCAACCGAAUCAUUACCCGGCUCUUCUUCGUAUUCCGGAAACGAUGGCAGUGGUGGGUUCAGAGAAUGGAUGCUACGAUAGCAUUUGCAAGCUCCUGAGAGCCGGAUUCCGGUGUGCCGAGCGGGUUUUCGUGAUGGCCCCUUGGGGCAACUACGUGGUUUUCCGGUAUCACAACAAUAACGACUUUAUUUACUUCCUGUUUGAUGGAUGCACCUGCGAUGUUAAUAGGUUCCGGUAUCUAGACCUCAGCUGCGGAACCGCCGGAUUUCUUUUCUUCGAUAAUAUGCACGACGUCAUUAGCUAUAUUAUCCAGUCGCGAAAGACGCGUCUAUAUCUGGAGAAUCUGAACAAGAUUGCCAUCGAUCAGAUUGUGGAGGAGUAUGGCGCUGUAACGUACACCCAAAAGGCCAAGUGCAUGCGAUUCGCUUAAAUGGGUUCCAUAUGAUUCCUAACUAAAGAGAAACGCAAACACACAACGAAUAUAAUACUGGACGCCCGACUCCCUAACCCCAAACAUUUAACUCAUUUUGGUACAAUCUUUAUCAAUAAAUAAUAUUCAGUUUAAAGGCAAA